GUUCCUGAUAGUAGUCAAUAUAUUGGAGAAGGAAGCAGUCAAACAGCUUCAUCAAUGGCUAACAGUUGUGAGGAAUGAAGCACAAAAAACUCUUAAUCAAUGCCAUACUAUUGUAGUAGUAAGCCAUGUGGAUGAGAUACAUGAUUCUGUUCAAAGGAGGAGAAAGGAAGAAAUACAGGAGAUUAUUGUAAGGGAAAGGUGUGUUUACGUCUUCUUAGAUUGUCGUAAGCUUGGUGGGAGUAGUGUAGUUUCCUUUUUUAAAAAGUUGUCCAGUGCCUGUCAGUUCAUUCGUAAUACAAAUGAAAGGAACUUGAGUCUUUAUUGUCACAUGACGUACGGUCUACUGGAGGAAAGGAAAGGAAACAUACUCACCCUUUCUGAUGUAUGGUCUGCAGCUGAGGAUACCAAUAGUUAUGUCAUACCAGAUAAUAGGGAAGAAAUUCUUGAAGUUCUUCAUGCGUUGCACUCAACUGGUUUAAUCAGUGUUUUGAAACAUGAACACAAGACAUGGGUUGUUGUGAAUAAGGGUAUACUACUAACUGAGGUGAAUGGGAUUCUCUUCGCUCCAGAGAUAUUCAAACAGCAUGUCAACAUUGCUAGCAAUACUGGUAUUGUUAGUGUGUCUGGUCUGACUAGACUCUUCCCUAAAUAUGAUCCUGACAUGUUGAUCUGUUUUCUAAAGAACAUGGAACUAUGUCAAGAAAUACAUCCAUCUUUUUUAAAGCUAACAAACCUCCAUCAGAUAGGAACAAAGGAGAAAAAGGGAGGGACAAGAAGGUUGCUGUACUUUCCUUGUCUCCUAAACAUGAAGAGACCUAGGGAGAUGACUAAUCAGGUGUAUCAGUUUGGUUGGUGUCUACAAUGUACCAAUAAACAUCAUUUCUUUCCUCCAAGAUACUUCCAUGUCCUCUCAUUACAUCUUGCUCUUAAAUUGGCUCUACCUCAAGAAGAUGACAAGUUAAAUCGUCGUUGCACGUUUUGGAGAAAUGGUCUUUACUGGUUUAAUGGCCAUGGUGUAGGAUCACUUGUAGAGAUUGUGGAUGAGAGCCAGUGUGUACUAGUAAUGAUGUCCUGUGAGAAAGGUUGCAGUGACAAUAUGGUAUCUCUAAGAAGAGAUGUGAUAGGAGAGGUAAUGAGUGUUCAAAAAGAGUCCUGUCCCACUCUAGAGGUAAAAGAUUUAGUUAUUGAUCCUAAGGAUCUAGCCUAUCCUAUGAAAACACCAAGAGGAAGGACAAUGUAUAGCGUAAAAGAUAUACUGUCUGCUAUUGAAAAGGGAGAAGAGUUUGUAGUAAAGUCUAAUGGUACUAAAGGUGAAAAGGUGAAGGAGAUCCUACCUUAUGAAUCAUUAUCAGAUAUUAGGAAUAUAUCUCUAUUAGGAGAUGAUAUUGAUGAGGUAGAUGGAGUGUGGGUGAAAUGUAAAAGUAAAAGAAUAACAACCAUUAAUUGUCACUCAACAACAACUUUAGGUGAGAAUACUAAGAGAAAUAGUUGGCAAAGAAGUACCUUAAUAAUGGAAGAAAUUGGUGAUAUUCAGAUCAUUGAAUUAGAAGAUGCUUAUUCUGAUGUACUUGAUAUUACAGAUCUUGCUAAAGUCCUUCAAGAAUUAGAGUCAAAUCAACAGUUUGAUUACACUGAUUGGUAUCACUUGGGCCUAUACUUAGGAUUAUAUGAGCGUACACUAAAAGCAAUAGAAGAGGAUAAUAGAGGGAGAUCAAAGAAGUGUCUAAUUGAGUGUAUAUCUUGCUGGCUAAAGGGAAAGGAUGGAGUAAGAGAGACAAGAGGAGGUGGAUCAAACUGGAUAUCAUUAGUAGCAGCACUAGAUGCAAUGGGAGCAAGGAAAGUUGCUAAAAACAUUAGAAUGAAGUAUUUCUAAUUAUUAUCCAAACUUCAUAUUUGUGGCUUUACAGUAUGUACAAUUUUUUAUAACUUUUUAAUUUCAGUAAUAAAAGAAUUUGUUAUACCUAUUGUAA